AUGCGUAUUGAGGGCACAAAAGUCGUUACAGCUGACAGCUCGGAGGAUCCUGUUGCACAGAGGGCACCUACUGUACCAAUCACAAUACCACAGAUGGCACCUGAGAUCCAGGUACAGGAAAUCGGCUGUGCAAAGGGAUUUGUGCACAAAAUUCAACUCAAACCAGAGGCUGUGCCAAUACAACAAAAACUCAGGAGACUUCCCUUCUCAGUGAGGCAGGCCGUGAGUGAGGAGCUCAAAGAUCUACAGGAAAAGGGUGUCAUAGAACGCAUCGAUGCAUCUCCAUGGGUCUCCCCAAUUGUGGUUACGCGAAAAAAAGACGGAGGAAAACUGCGCAUGUGUGUUGACCUCAGAGAACCUAACAAAGCCAUUGUAAGUGACUGUUACCCGUUACCACACAUGGACGAGCUAUUCUCUGAACUUAGAGGGGCCACAGUCUUUUCUACCAUUGACCUGGCCUCUGCCUACCACCAAAUGUUACUGCACCCAGACAGCCGUGAUAUAACUGCAUUUAUCACACAUGAUGGUCUUUUCCGUUUCUGUCGGGUCCCAUUUGGCCUUGCUUCAGCUCCAUCAGCUUUCCAGAAGAUGAUGACGACCAUACUAGCAGGCAUACCAGGAGUACAGGCAUACUUAGAUGAUGUGAUUUGCUACGGAACCACUCAACAGCAGCAUGAUGCCAACCUACAGAGGGUGCUGCAUGCCUUGAACGAGGCAGGACUUAAGUUAAACAUGCAGAAGUGCAAACUUAACCAGACUUCCUUGCGGUUUCUAGGCCACACCAUAUCCAAAGAAGGGCUUCAUCCAGAUCAAGAUCAGAUCAAAGCUGUGGCCAAUGCACCUGCCCCACAUGACACACCCUCGCUGCGAUCCUUUCUGGGCCUGGCAUCAUGGUACAGUAAAUUUAUUCCUGAUUUUUCUACCGUUGUUGAACCGCUUCGUCAAACACUCAGGGAGUCAACAGAGCGGCAGUUCAACUGGACGGCUGAGGCAGAGAAUAGUUUCACAGACAUUAAGAGACUGAUUGUUGGUAGCCCUGCCCUAGCACUAUACGACCCUGAACUACCUACAUAUGUAACUACAGAUGCCUCUGAUUAUGGGCUAGGUGGUGUACUUAGCCAAUUUCAUUCAGAUAACACAGAGAGAGUCGUGGCGUUUGCAUCCAGAACACUUUCUCCGGCUGAAAGAAAAUAUUCCACUGUGGAACGUGAAGCACUGGCAUGCGUGUGGGCAGUAGAAAGGUGGAGAACAUAUCUAUGGGGACAUCACUUUGUGUUACGCACAGACCAUCAAGCACUUACUACCCUGCUCACAUCCAGGGGUACUGGCCGGGCUGGAUUGCGAAUUGCAAGGUGGUCUGCAAGAUUACUUUGCUUUACAUACGAAGUUGCUUACCGCCCUGGAAAACUGAAUGUAACUGCCGACUGCCUGUCCAGGCUUCCACUAGCCACAACAGGAGAAGAUGAAGUGGAACCGGACCUAGUAGCAACCGUUUACAUGGAGUCUUUGCAUGCCAUAUCCUUGUCGGAGUUCACCGCCGCAUGUGACUCUUGUCCGGAACUGACUCAAUUGCGACAGCAAAUACAGAAAGGCUGGCCAAAAUGCAGAAAGAACGUAAGAAACGAGCUGAUUUCAUACUUCAAUGUACGAGACGAACUGGCUGUAGACAAAACACUUGUCAUGAGAGGUACUGACCGGUUGAUUGUGCCCACAUCACUGCGAUCCAAAAUGGUAGACUUGGCACAUGAGGGGCACCAGGGAGUGAUACGCACUAAACAGAGACUGCGAGAACUGUAUUGGUGGCCACAAAUGGACAAAUAUGUACAGAGUAAGAUUGCGUCCUGUGUGUCAUGCCAAUACAAUGACAAGACAGUGAAGACUGCACCUGCACCACUUACACCCGUCAAAUUGCCAGAUGGACCAUGGGAAAAGGUGGCCAUUGACAUAACCGGUCCUUUUGAACGUGCUACAUGGGAUUGUCGUUAUGCUAUCACUCUCACAGACUACUACAGCAAAUGGCCAGAAGUGGCAUUCGCCUCUACAGUCACAACAGAGGUGAUUACCCGUUUUUUAGCUACAGUGUUCAGUCGUGAAGGAAAUCCGACCUACCUAGUCUCUGACAAUGGAUGUCAAUUCACUUCCCACGAAUUUGCGAACUUUCUGAGAGAGAGAGAGAUAAAGCACCUGCGCUCCAGCGUCUACUAUCCAAGAGCCAAUGGAGCGAUUGAGAGAUUCAAUAGGGUAUUAAAAGAGUGUCUCCAGACGGCAGAAAGAGCACACAAGCCGUGGAAACAAACAGUGACAGAAUUCUUACAGAUUUACCGAGCUACACCGCACGCUACUACAGGAGCGACUCCAUUUGAGUUGCUGAGAAAUAGGAAGAUGCGCACUAAACUGAAUAUCUUUCCUGUCUCACACAAAAUUACAUCACACAAGCAAGUCAAAGAAACUGUAAAACAAAAUCAACAAAACAGUAAGGAGUAUACAGACAAAAAGCGAAGAGCAAAAGUGCCCACCUUCAAAGUGAAUGAUGUUGUGCGAGUCAGGAGACCGGAACACGUUUACAAGGGGUCUUCCAAAUACACCGAACCUCUGACGAUCGUAAAGAAGGUUGGACCAGGUACUUAUCUUCUCAGCGACGGUCGGAAAUGGAAUGCCUCAAAACUGGCACGUUUCCCAAAGGAGGCUCUAGCUUGCACCAGUGAGAACAAUGAGACUACACUGGAUGGUCUCACCGUGACAGAGAAUGUGCAUGUUGGGCAAGAACCAGGCCCUAGACGCACACUCAGAGUCCGUAACCCACCUAGGUGGUUAAAAGACUUUGAGAGAUGA